UUUUACCUUUAUUUGAUGUGUACCUACCUCCAAUGUGCAAUCCAACGGUUGCUAUGGUGACCUAACCAUGGAGGCAAGACAGUCCAUGCUGGAUGUAGUGAAAAACUGCUUACUCUCUUCAGGACGGAGUACAUACCUCCAUCGCUUGCUGUAUGUGGGUGAGCACGGGUUGGGAAGAGGCGGGCUGGAAGAGUUCAUGAAGAAUGUUGUGUCGGCACAAGGGGACCAGCUACGGGAGGAAGGAUUGACUGGAUUCCUGUUGGUGUACCAGGACCACUUCAUACACUUAGUGGAAGGUUCGGAGAGCACACUCACGAGGCACCUCCAACGUGUGGUUGACCCUGGCGUCGAAGAGGCGCCUAAAAUCAAGAGGGUGAAGGUCAUCUUUGAGGCCACGCACAUCAACAAAAGAUGCCUGUCCUCGUGGACGUCUCGGUCCGCGUCGCCGCCCAAGCUGGCCGCUGUCCCCAAGGCCGGCGCGGCCGUGGCAGAGACGGCCCGACAGGUCGACGCCGUCCUGGGCAAGACGCUGCGCAUGUUGGACGCGCUGAAGAAGCUGCCGCCCGGCGCGCCGCUCAGCGGCCCCAUCGCGCUGCAGCUGCCCGAGCCGGAGCUGCUGGAGGCGCUGCUCGCCUCCCCGCUCGUCCGCGACGUGCGCGCCCUCCUGGAGGAGCAGCGCGUGCCGCCCAGGAUCACGCUCUACGAGGACGUCGUCUGGCCGAUGCAGUCAGACUUCGUCCCGUACGACCUGCUGAAGCAGCCCGCCGAGCAGCCCGAGGACGACGAGCCCCAGGACGAGUCUCAGGGCAAGGAUGAAGAGGAGGCGGACGAGGCCGGGCGGAGUAUGUCCCGGGAAGGCUCGGGAGACCAGCAGCGAGUCGAGGAGGAGGAGUUGGAGGAGGAGGGGGACGACUGAGGUUUGGUAAGUGGGUGCGCUUCCUCGGCUCUGAACCUCUGAAUUUAAAACUGUUUAUUCACACUCAAAUUGGCGCCUCGAGCGCAGUCUAGGAUGCUCGAGAGUCCAUUCAAUAAAUAAAUAAAUAAAUUAGAAAUAAAUAACGUCCUUGUCGUUGGCAGGUCGGGUAAAUUUUGCAGUGGGGGAGGUCCAUGUCGCCCAU